GAGCUGAGCUGUUUUGGCUGCUCAGGGUCCUUCAGGGUUACACCAGCUCUGCGCUCGCAUAUGAACUCGAACUGACUUUAAGAAGUCAUGAUCUUCAACAUGAUCAGAGGGCCUCGCGCCGCUUUUGGCACUUUAAUAGGGCAGGUGAGGAGAGGUGUGAUGACCACAGGGAGCAGAAGACUGUGCAGCAAGCCUCAAGAGGGGGCAUCCGCACCCCAGGCACAACGGCUUGGGUUUAAAGUACCAGGUUACCGCCCAUCAGAAUGGGAUAAAAAGAUGCUGGUGUGGUCCGGGCGAUUCAAAACCGCAGAACAGAUUCCAGAGUUUGUGUCAUUUGAGAUGAUUGAUGCUGCCAGGAACAGAGUGCGUGUGAAGGCCUGCUAUGUGAUGAUGGCACUGACCAUCAUAGCGUGCGUUGCUACGGCUGUCUCUGGGAAGCGGGCGGCAGGUCGGCAUGAAAAUCUGACCUCUCGUAACAUGGAGAAAAAGGCUCAAUGGAGAGAGGAAGCACAGAGAGAAAAGGAGGCUGCCGAUGCACUUGGAGAGAAAGCCCAGUGAGAUGCAUCCAUCUGCGCUCCAUCAAGGCCCAUGUCUCAGUGUCAGCUUGCAUCAUACAACAGCCAGUUAUUUAAUGUCAAACGCCACACACCAUGGGAACUCUGGUGGAGGUGGUACAGAUUUUCCUUCACAUAGUAAACAGAUUUUUAGAGUAGAGUAUAAAAUAAAGAUGAGAUUUUCCCUGUGUGAUUUUUUUUAUAUAUAUAU